AAGAGCCUCACGGCAGACACACCUACAACUCUUGCGAUGGCAGUGCGCUUGGCUCUGGGCUCGGCAGAGAGGGGGGCCAGCUGGCUGCUGCGGCCCACAAUCAGAGCCCUCGCAGCGGGGAGAAUGGCAGGAACCGCCCCUGCUGUGUCCGUCUCUGCCAACCAGGUCAAACUGAAAAGUGAAGAGGACCUCGAAGAAAUAAAUGCCCUGCAGAUGUUGUACCGGGUGACGUUUAAAGGGUACCUGAAAAAAAUGCAUGAGCUACAGGUGUAUGAGAAGCAGCUGUAUGGCCCCAUUUACAAGGUCCGGAUGGGAGACUACAAAGCCGUUGUUCUGAACAGCGUGGAGCUCUUGGAGGAGCUGCUGAGGAAAGAUGAAAAGUUUCCCUGCCGGGGUGACAUGACUCUGUGGACGGAGUACCGUGACAUGAAGGGACUCGGCUACGGACCUUUCACAGAAGAGGGGGAGAAGUGGUACAAGCUGCGGGCCGUUCUGAACAAGCGCAUGCUGCACCCUAAAGAUUCGGUGCAGUAUGGAGAUGUGAUCAAUGAAGUUGUCACAGACUUCAUCAAAAGAAUAUACCACCUGCGCCAGAUCAGCCCUUCGGGUGACAUGGUGACCGAUGUCUCCAAUGAGCUCUACCGCUUCUCUCUGGAGGGAAUUUCCUCUAUUCUGUUUGAAACGCGCAUUGGAUGCCUGGAGAAGGAGAUCCCUGAAGCAACUCAAGACUUCAUCAAUUCUAUUGGUCAGAUGUUCUCCUACAGCAUGCUGGUGGUCAUGUUGCCCAAAUGGACCCGCAACAUCCUGCCCCACUGGGACUGGUACUUGGCUGGCUGGGAGGGCAUCUUCAAAUUUGCCAGGAACUUGAUUGACAGAAAGAUGGAUGCCAUUCAGCACCGUUUAUCCCAGGGCCAGGAGGUGGAAGGAGAGUACCUGACUUACCUCAUCUCCAACAGAAAGAUGAGCAGUAAAGACGUAUACGGCAGCAUUACAGAACUGCUAUUGGCUGGAGUGGACACGACCUCCAACACCUUAAUGUGGGCCCUAUACCUGCUCUCCCAGAACCCAGAGGUGCAGGACAGGCUACAUAGGGAGGUGUCCAGCUUCGUUUUGGGGGGCAGGCCCAUUACUGCCCAGGUCGUCUCUGACAUGCAAUUCCUCAAGGCGGUGAUUAAAGAGACACUGAGGCUGUAUCCUGUGGUUCCUAUGAACGCUCGGCUCAUGACAGAAGCAGACAUUUCCAUCGGAGGCUAUUUUUUCCCUAAGAAAACCUCAUUCACCAUCUGCCACUACUCCAUAAGCCAGGAUGAGAAAACCUUCCCUGAGCCGCACAAGUUCAGACCAGAACGCUGGCUGCGGGAUGGCAGGCAGCGACCCAAUCCCUUUGGCUCUCUCCCGUUUGGGUUUGGGGUGCGGGGCUGCGUUGGCCGCAGGAUUGCAGAGCUGGAGAUGCACCUUGCUCUGUCACGGAUAAUCAGUCUGUUUGAAAUCAGACUAGACCCUCACAUUGGGGAAGUCAAAGCUCACAAUCGCACUGUCCUGGUGGCGGACAGACAGGUCAAUCUGCACUUCGUGGAAAGGAAUGGAACCUCUUCAAACUGACUACCUGCAGAAUGAAGUUUCCAAGCAACAGGCAACAGAUAACAAUAAGCUGAGUUGUCAGAAUCUUCUGAUCUUCCUUCUCAAUAAACAAGGUUUCAGUAAAGAGGGGUGAGAAAGUUCAAUUAGCAGUGAAAAAUUCAAACACCUUUCGAUUUCUAAAGAGUUCUAACCUACCUCCAGGAAACCUGGUGCUACUAAUUGACCCUGACCUGACAUUUGAGCACCCAGCAAAAAAAAAAUCAGUCUAGUCCUGCUGCCAAAUGAGAGAUACAUUCAUGGCCAAUUUAUUUGGUGCACCUGCUAAUUAACGCAAAUAGCCUGUCAGUCCAGCAGUGAAUCAUGUGGCUGAAACGCAAUAUAUAACAUACAGUAUGUAGACAUAGUGAAGAGGUUUUAUUAACUGUUCAACCAAAUAUUAGAAUGGGCAGGAUGCAUGAAUUAACUUUGACCAUGGUAUGAUUGGUGGUGCUAGACGUGGUGGUUACAGCUGUCCUUAUGAGAUUUUCUGGCGCUGUAGUCAAAAGUUUAUAGAGAAUGAUUCUAAAAACGGCAGUGGUACAGACCACAUACAGACAUUAGGAAGAAUGUUUUCUUGCAGAGAGUAGCCAAUGGGCCUCAUUCACAAAACCUUUUCUUAAGUUAUUCUUACUUGUUCUUAAAAAUGUUCCUACGAAUAAAACAAAUAAUUCAUGAAAUUCAAUCAUAACACGUGCCAACUAUUUUUUGUGCACAUCCCAGGUGUAUGAUAUGAUGAAUGCUGGCUGUUUGUAGAUUUUAUGCGCAAUCCUGUUCAUGUGAUUUGCAUAAGGAAACAGCCAUGAACAAAUACAGAUAAGGAAACAUUCUUACAUGCACUUUAUGAUCAAAUGUGAUCAUACACAUGUUUCGUGAAUGAGGCCCAAUGUGUGGAAUAGCCUGCCAGGUCACGUAGUAGAGGUGGAAAUUCUGGGGAUUUUCAAGAACAGGCUACUAGUCUGUAGGUAAUCAGAGCACUAGGUACAAUUUAAAUGGCGAGCAUUGUUGGGCUGAAUGGCCUGUUCUUAUCAUCUUGUUUUGUUAUGUUCUGUUAUGGUGUGCAGAAGAACAUCUGUAAACAAACAAUGUGCAGCACCUGAAGGCGGAUGGGCUACAGCAGUAGAACAGGUUCCAAGUUCCCCUCCUAACAGUUAAGAACAGAAAGAUAAGACUACAGUGAGCAUGUGAAAACCAAAACUGGAUGGCUGAAAAUUUGAAAAAGGAGGUCUGAAGAGUGUCAAUGUCUGCUGUGGCAUGCAAAUGGUAUCAAAAAGUCAAAAACAGCAUGAUUCCAUAGAUCCAUUCCCCCUUAUGUCAAUGGUGCAGGUUGGUGGUUGUGGUGUAAUGGUGUGCGGAAUGUUUUACUGGCAAACAUUAGACCCCUUAAUACCAACAGAGUAUCAUUUGAAUGUCAUAGCAUACCUUAGCAUUGUUGCUGACCACAUGCAUUCCUUUAAUGGCCGCAGUCUACCCUUUAUCAAAAGGGCACUUCCAGCAGGAUAAUGUCACAAAGCGUGCAUCAUCUCUGCUUCCAGAAACAUAGCAGUGACUUCAGCAUGAAUGUGUGGGCAAAAAAUGUGCAGGCACUGUGUGAUGUUAUCGAGUCACCAUGGAUCAAAAUGCCCAAGGAAUGUUUCCAGCAUCUUGUUGAAUUUUUUUUUCAACUUAAAUCACUGCAAUUCUCUGUACUCAUGCCUGAGCCAAAAUGCCUAAUCUUGUCUGCAGUUAGCUCAAAAUUCAACUUCUCACCAAAGAGAUUUCAUGUAACACCCAGCCUGGCCCACAGCACCUUCAUUUUGUCUGAAUAUUGAUUUUAAUAGUUUGCCCAUCGCUUUUAAGACAAGGCUUGGUCUAGCUUGGUCUAGCCUUAGAAUACAAAGGCCUCACUGUUCUAGCCAUAAAUGUAAAACAAGAGGGGACAAAGCAUUCACAGGUAGUCUUCAAAUUUCAUUGAAUGUUUAGGAAGAUUUUAUCUGGGCCUCUGACUUAGUGUCUGACUUGUUUAUAAACAUUUCAGACUGACCAGCACAUUAUAGAUAUACAUAAAUUCACUGAAUGUAUUGUUAAAUUUGAAAAGUGAAUAUGUAUAUGCAUAAUAUAAUCAUAUAUAUUUUAUAUGAAACUGUCUAUCUGAAAUAAACUUUGUUUAUAAUCUGUACGUCACAAGUAAAAAUGUUCAGUUGAUGGACUCACCCAAGUAUCUGUAUGAGGUCACAACAGCAGAUAGCAGUAACACAAGAGUUCCAUCUCAGUACAUAUAACACAACAUAAUAUCAGUCCGAUUACACAGUAAGAGUAAUGGCGCACAUUUCAAUACUUCCAUGCAACUUUUAAUUCCUUUAAUGGUCAAUGAAUAAACUGUUUUACAUGAA